AUGUUUACGACAAAUUCAGUCUUACCUGGCUUUAGCUUUUCUUCACUGACUACCGCCACGUCAGGUGACCAGAUGUUGAGCAAAUGUACACUUCCGGACUCCAAGAAAAUCAACGUUCAUUUAGUUCCGCAUACUCACGACGAUGUAGGGUGGCUCAAGACUGUUGAUCAAUAUUAUUAUGGCACUGCUAACCAAUAUCAAAGAGCUGGCGUUCAAUACAUUUUAGAUUCAAUAGUAGAAGAACUGAUUAGAGACAAAUCGCGACGGUUCAUUUACGUAGAAACAGCUUUUUUCUGGAAAUGGUGGACUGAACAAAAUGAAGAACAAAAAAACAUAGUAAAAGAACUUGUCAAAACUGGACAACUUGAGUUUAUUGGCGGCGGCUGGUCCAUGGCGGACGAAGCAACGACAAAUUAUGUCUCAAUUAUUGAUCAAAUGACUGUUGGACAUCGCCGCCUUACCGACACUUUUGGUCAAUGUGCAAUUCCUAAGGUGGCCUGGCAAAUUGAUCCUUUUGGUCACAGUAAAGAACAAGCAGCCCUUUUUGCAGCCAUGGGAUUUGAUGCACUCUUUUUUGCCAGAGAAGACUAUCAAGAGAAAAGUCACCGAAUUGCAACUAAAACGCUGGAGCACAUGUGGCAAGCAUCUGAAGACUUAGGAACUGCAGGUGACCUGUUUACCGGGCUGAUGAAGAAUCACUAUGGACCUCUGUCAGGACUUUACUGGGAUCUCGCCAACGACGGUGACGACCCAAUUGUGGACAACAUUGAGUCGGAAGAGUACAACGUACCUAGUUUUGUGAAAAAGUUCACGCAAAACGUAAAAAACUUCGCCGUCGGCUACCCGACCAAUAACAUCCUCGUGCCGAUGGGCAAUGAUUUUCACUACAUGAACGGCCGUGCCUACUUCAAGAACAUGGACAAGCUGAUCAGGGCGACGGCCAACUCCACCGAGGUGAAGGUCUUCUACUCGACCCCGUCCUGCUACGCAAAGGCGCUGCGCGAUUCGGGCGUCACCUUCACCAGCAAGGUGGACGACUUUUUCCCGUACGCCAGCGACUACGCCACCUACUGGACGGGCUACUACACCUCGCGACCGUCAUUGAAGCGAUUUGAACGGGUGGGCAACGGGGUGCUGCAGACCACCAAACAACUGCACGUUUUGGCGGGACACGGGCCCAAGGAGCAUGAAAAGCAGAUCAACCGGCUGAAGGAGUGGAUGGGCGUCAUGCAGCACCACGACGCAAUUGCCGGCACCGAGAAGCAGCACGUCACCAAUGACUACGCCAAGAACCUCGAUGCGGCCAUCAGGGGCGUGCAGUCGGCGGUCAUUGGGCGAUCGGUGAGCGGCCUGCUCGCCACACGACCCUCUGACGCCCAUCCGCCGGCGCCCGAGACGGUCACCUUCUGUCCGCUGCUCAACGUCAGCAGCUGUCCGAUCAGCGAGAGCGGCUCCUCGCUGGUGAUGCACCUCUACAACCCGCUGGGACAGACGGUGACCAACUGGACGGUCCGCCUGCCGGUGAAAGCGGCCACCGCCUAUCGAGUUUUCGACGAGCAGGACCGACCGGUGCCCUCCUCUCUGGUGCCCAUUCCACUGGGCGUUCAAGUGCUGCCCGAUCGGGAGACGGACGCCCAGGUGGAGCUGGUUUUUACGGUCGUUUCAAUUCCUCCUCUCGGUCUGAUCAGCUACUUCAUCAAGUCGGGAAACGGCGACACCUCUGGAAUGGCGGCAAAGGAGAUUACCGGAACGUCGGCAGCCAAUGCAAAGCUGACCGGGCGCAACUUGACCGUUCACUUUGACGGCCAAGGAGAGCUGAAGUCAGUUCAGCUGAGGGACGGCACCACUGUGGCCUUUAGCAAUGAGUUCCACUACUACCGCGGAUCAGCCGACAAUGUGCGCAACUCUGGAGCGUACGUCUUCCGGCCGGCGCAGCAGAGCACCACCAGAGCGGGCAAAGUGGUAGAAGCUAAACUGUUCAGCAGUGGCAGUGAUGGCGGGUUCCUGCAGGAGGUGCACCAAAAGUUUGACGUUGACUGGAUCAGCCAGGUGGUGCGCCUGGUGCCGGGCCCCAUCGAGGCGGUGGAGUUCGAGUGGACGGUCGGUCCAAUUCCGGUGGCCGACGGCGUCGGCAAGGAGAUUGUCGCCCUCUACAAGACGGACCUCGCCACUGGCAACAGUUGGAAGACCGACUCCAACGGUCGGCAGCUUCUUCAGCGGAGGGUAAACUUCCGUCCCAGCUGGAAGCUGCAGGUGCACGAGCCAGUGUCGGGCAACUACUACCCGGUCAACUCACGGCUGGUGCUCGAGGACACGGCUCGAAGGCUGGCCAUGUCAGUGCUCACUGACCGAACGCAGGGCGGAACUUCGCUGCAGAACGGAAGUGCCGAGCUGAUGGUCCACCGACGGCUGCUGCACGACGACUACUUUGGCGUCGGUGAGCCGCUCAAUGAGCCGGGCGUGGACGGCAAAGGGCUGGUCAUUCGCGGACGACACCAGGUGCUCAUAUCGAGUCUGGAGAAGGCGGCCAGUCAGCAUCGGCGAGGAAGUUUACAGCUGCUGCUAGAGCCGUUUAUCAGCUUUUCACAGCUGGCUGAAGAGUACGAGAAAAAGUAUUCAAGAAAGUUUCAGGGUUUAAGCGUGGAUUUACCCUCAAAUGUACAUUUGUUGACACUUGAACAGUGGAAAAAUAAUGAGUUACUUCUUCGUCUUGAGCAUUUGUAUCAGAAACAGGAGGAUUCAGUUCUCAGCAAACCAGUAACAGUCAACCUUCGGCACAUGUUUGCAAAAAUGGAAAUCACUGCUGCACAAGAACUAACCCUUUCAGGACAUUCAGAUGUUUCUAAACUAAAAAAUCGAUUUCAGUACAAGUAUACGCCAAUUGGAAAUGUUUCUACUCCUUUCAAUGUGCCAUUUGAUGCUGUCAAAUUGGAAGUCACUUUAAAUCCAAUGCAAAUUCGUACUUUUGCAAUAACUGUUAUUCGAAAAUAG